UGUCUGUUGCCUGUUGCCCGUUCACCGUUGAUUGUUUCAAGUUAAUGUUAAAUGACUAAAUGUGGAGUGCCGGCAACUAAAGAUCAAAAACCACACAUAAUAUACGUGUUCUAGAAUUAUUAAUAAUUAUGAAUAAAAACCCAUUACAUUUAAACAAGAGAUACAUGUAAUUAAACUUAUUUAUUCAAUCUGAAAACAUGGCGUCGUUGGUGAUAGAAGGCGACACUUUAGGACAAAAACAUAAGAACUACAACAAACUUGUUAAAGAAGCUAAACAAGACCAAAUUGCUGAUAUUGAUUAUGAAGAACCCGAUUUGAAUAAUCUUCUAAAGAUAGACAUAGCUGUCAAAAACAGGAAUGUUGAGUACAUUCUCAAGGUGUUCCAAUGCGACGAUAUGCUCUACGUGUCCCGGGCUAUCAAACGGUCCACGUGGCUCGUAACCGAUCAACAAUAUGCGAACGUAAUCAAUCCCAGAUAUCUGUACGACGAGCUCUCUCCGAACAUGACGUCGAAAGCCUUUAACAAACUCAUUCUGCACAUCCGGAUCAAUCUGAAAGAUGAGAAGCGCGUCGAUGAAUUCUUCAAUUACCACGUAGAAAGAAAUUUGAAAGUAGCUUUCAAGUGGUUGCCGAAUUGUUCUGUUCAGUUAAUAGAGAACACUGUACAGAAACAUGGAGAUGACAUCCCGAGGCGUCUGCUCGUGAGACUUUGUGAAAAAUCUAUCACAUGUCUCUUUAAAUACAUGCACAGUGCCGCGUCGUACUACCAUCGCGAUACUUUGGCGGCGACGAUUUUCCUUCUAAAGAAUAAUAUGGACAAAUAUCUGGACAUCGUCGAGGCGUGUGAAAGCUAUGAUGUUCCCAGAUUUGGACACAAGUCUACCAAGAUGAUCAUGAUGAAAUGUAAGGAGAGAAUUAUGAACAACCUCGAUAAGUAUGCUGCCAACCUUCACAUACCGACCUUCGCGAAGUUCAUUAAACCCGAAGAAAUGAAAGAGUUCAUAAUAAAGAAUGUCAGACAUGAUAAGAUGCGCUCAUGGUUCUCAUAUAACAAAAUAAAACCCUUCAUCCAACGUUUACCCGUAGAGAGCAGGUUCGAGUUUGUUAAAGAAUUCUUUAUUGACAAAAAGGAGGAAGACAUGGAUGAGGACAUCAUUAUGUACUGUGGUCAAAAUACCAGGUUUAAGGACCCUUCAUCACAGCAUAUAUACCGCUGGUACACGUACGCGCCUUUCAGUACUGCUUUUGCUGAUUUGAAGAAACUAAUCCGUUCCGAGUCGAACCCUACGGAGAGAACGACCAUGUAUGGGGUGAUGCUAACAUGUGCGAGAAAGGAUAUGAAGAACAUACACACGGUACUGAAAUACUAUCGCGAGAAUCACAUCAACGAGCCAUUUAAAUUCAAAAUACAAUUCGUGAAUCUUGUAAUCAGUUACACGAACACGCAUAACUUUGAUAACGAGACAUGGGGAUAUUUAAACGACUUGUUUAGUAGCAUGGAUGUGUACAGUGAAUCCGAUAAGCUCGUACAAAACUGUGUCAGGUCUAUUAUACUCUACAAUGUCACCCACGACGAGAGGGUUCCCGAUAUCAUUGAGAAGAAAUUCUUGUUCGACACUUACAAAACCCAUCAGAAGAAAUUAACGGAAGCAGAAAAAGAAAAGUUGUUCCUAUAUUUACAUAAUUAUUUGCAAUCAAAUAUCGAUAAGUGCAAGAUAAAAAACAAAAAGGAACUCGGGGAGACGGUGGAGCUGUUGACGAACAUGUUGAACCUCCUCUCGGAUUGGAAUAAGGAACUUCACGAAUUUCCAAUGAUUUUGAAUAAAAUAAAAGAGAUUAUUCAAAUCAACAAAACAAAUAAAUGGAACGAAGACAUAUCGGUAUUGUACAAUGCUAAGAAAUCGUGGAAGAAGCUUCUAUUCGCAGAGUCGAUUAUUUUGAGUCCUUCCCAAGAAGCGUGCAUUAACGCACUGAAGCAUGGACCAGAGCUGUUGGAGUCAUACAAAGCCGAAGUAGAAUCCCUUUGUCUCAACGAUAAUAUACUUCUCAAUCAAUUUCUCAAAAAAGUCCGCGUAUAUUGGGCUCAUUCUCUAGCUAACAGCUACAGAGAAUUAUUUGUGAAAAAAUUAGACCAAAAGAAUACACACAAAGCUGUAAUUAUUGGACUAUGCUUGUUGCUUCCAAAAAAUGAUCUCUUAAAUUUAAUCAAAAAGUACGUGCCAAGCGAAUCUAAAAUUGAUUGGACUCAACCUGACGACUUGGAGCUCAGUCUUUGCAAAAACAUUGCGUCGAACCUGCACAAGGCAAGACCUCAGCCCUCGCCUGCCGCAAUUCUAUUGUACGCUAAAGGCGAUUAUCUUCAGUUUUCUCUGCCCUCAUUAAAUGCGAUCUUUCAUAACAUGAGCUCCACGCAUACUCGCGAACAUCUGUCUGAUUUGCUAAAUUCUCCGGUGUCUUUGCAAAAACAUGGCAUCCGCGUGGCGUUUUCGAAACUCAAACACGACGAACUGAAGAAAAUAUUUUCUGAUAUUUGGAAGACUAAUAAAAACAGUAGUAUUCGGGCGGCUAUCUUCAACCAGACCUUAGACUUUCUUUGUAAAGAAAAAGAUCCCUCGGCUAUAAGAGAGGUAUGGGAGCUGCUGAGUCUGUUCAUCGACAACUUGACGUCUGAGGAGAAUAAAAGCAUAUACACAAAGCUCAGCAAAGUGGAAAGAGUGCCGAUGAGCGUGAGACCGGAGUUUUGGAUGAAGAGCUACAAAUUUCUGAAAUCAUUGCCCACGAAAACGAACUGCCUGAAACUGAGAACUGAAAUACUCCUGAAAUACUUGAGAAACAAGAUGGAGGACGUAAUGGAGUUCCUCGACAACGACCUGGUCGCUGAAAUAUUUUUAGAAUCGUUCGAUGAAAACUUCAGCUCAAAAGAAUAUGAAUUUAACUAUUUUGUCGCCGUAUUCUUGAUUUCCACGAAAACGGAGCAAGCACAAAUCGAACGCUAUAACAAAGUGUUCGUUCCUAUAUUGGAGCGAUCGUUUGCGAUGUGGGACAAAACGCACGAGGACGUCUGUCGCGUCAAGUACAAUAUAAGAGCAAUAUUCAUGAAUCUAGACAAUCAAUUCUUGAACCUAGUCGUACGUAAGAAAAUGUUCCUCCCCACUGCGAUAUACGCGGACAUACUUGAACGGUUUCGUAAGAAUUUUCCGAUUGCAGAGAAUUAUGUCAUGAUAACGACUCGUAAGCUGGCAUUAGACUAUCUGAAGCUAUACGGGGAGCAGAUUAAAUUAGACGAGACAUCGAUACCAAACAAAGGAGACCUGAAGGAGGACGAUGAUGACCAAAAUCUUGAUGCUAAAUACAAGUUACUUCACAACGCAGUCGUCGAGAAACUGGGCGCGCGCUGCGUAGAUUACUUGAAGGAGGACGUUUCGAACAAUUUCCCAUCGAUUUAUUUACUUUUUGCGGAAGCUUUUCAGAUUGUGUCUAACAAUUUUAGUUUCAAUGAUAUUAACAGGAUGAAUGCUGUCAAAGCUUUUCUUGAAUACGAAGACUUUAUUCCGGGAUAUCUGUUCGUGCUCCAAUGUCUCCGCACUAACGUUUAUGACGAUGAUGAGAAAGCCUUGAAGUCCGAGUUAAUGAAGGUCAUACAGAAGCAUCCGUCUCAAGAAAUUAAAAUGCAUUACUGGUUUAAGCAAAUCUAAGUCGUUACGCCUUGGGAGAGGACGACGUAUAUUUAGGUCAUUGAAAAAAAAAUGAGCCUCUUCAGACUGGAAUUUGUUAUACACAAGGCGAUGCUUGCUAUCGUCUUUAUCAUUAACGACAGUCUAUCUACGACUAAUGCCUUUAUUUUAGUUGAAAUAAACGACAAAUAUUCUGUUUAUGGUGCACAUAAACAUUGUGCAUAAUUACUAAACGGUAUACAUUUUAUUUAUUACUGU